GCAUUUAUCAUAUAUGAUGAAUAGUAGAGACUAUUUAAUACAUUUAUCUAUAAAUCAUAAAGUAUUGACUUUUAUGAAAAGCAUAAUUCAAAACAAGACUCAAAUUGAAAGACCAGAGUAUUUGAAUCGAGUAUUUAUAUUAUCGAGUCUUUUAAUACAACGAUUAUCCGAACCUUUAUCCCUACCUUUGAAAUCACAUUAUAAUCCAUAUGUAUUUGAAUUGCCAUUCAAUGAGACUAUUAAUUAUAACUUACAAAAGGAUAACAUUUUUAAUGGCAAUGAUUUUAAUAGCUAUAAUAAUAAUUAUGAUUAUUACUGUUCAGAUGAAAGCAGUUCAGACAAUGAAUGUGACCAUCAUUUAGAUAAUGAAUCCAUUUCUAUUGAAAACGACGAUAAAAAUGUUAUAUCUUAUAAACAAUUUUUUCCCGAAAUUAAAGAUUUUGGUUGGGAUUUACAGUUAAAACACAUGGAUGUGGACAAUGAUAACAUAGAUAAUAAUGUUUUGACAAAUAAAAGAAAAAAUAGCAUCGAUAGCAUUAAAUCACUUUUUUGUGGUUGUUUUGUAAAUAAUCAUAACUCUGAUAACAUAACUGAUAAUAUUAAUCAUUUGAAUGAUAAUACUAUGGCUUUGAAUCAAUCAAUAAAAGAGAUGAUUGAGAGCUCUAAGGAAGACAAACGCAAAGAGAUUUUUAUGGAAAGCGCUGAUUGGAGACAUGUUUAUACAUCAAUGGCUUUAAAUACUAAAAGUAUUCAAUCAAUUGUCAUUUUAGCAGAACCUGAAUUGGCUGCCAAUAUUGGAAACAAAGAGUUGGAACCGUUGACAAUGGAUGAUGAUUACAAUAACUAUGAGACGACCAGAAUUAAGCUUAUGGAGCAUAUUAUACAGCGAUUUGAACAUAAAAACAAUGAUUUAUAUGUCAUCUAUGAUAUUGAAAAUAAAGACAUGUGUUUUAAUUAUAAAAAUAGACUUCAAUUUGAGUCCCGUUUUGAAAGUGGAAACUUAAGGAAAGUUGUUCAAAACGACUUAACCUCUAAUGAAUACAUACUUUUGCUAAAUACUGACAUCAAUACCUGUUCUCACACUCAAUGGUUUUACUUCAGAGUUAGUAAUAUGAAAGCAAAUGUUGAAUAUGUGUUUAAUAUAAUUAAUUGUGAAAAACAAAGUAGUCUUUACAAUGAAGGCCAAAGACCAGUCAUGUUCUCAACCAAAGAGUUUGUUGUCUGUGAUAAACCAUUUUGGAAAAGAGUUGGCUAUUCUAUAGCUUAUUAUAGGAAUCAUUAUCUUAAAGAUAAUUUAAUGACAAGUUUAAUGAAUGGCAAAACUCAUUACACACUGACAUUUAAAAUACAAUUUCCAUUUGAUAAUGACAUUUGUUAUUUAGCUUUCAAUUAUCCGUUUAGUUAUACAUAUUUAAGAAGUUGUAUACAUUUUUGGCAGAAUUGUCACAACACUUGUAAUAUAUACUUUCGUCAACAAACUCUAUGUACGACAUUAGCGGGAAAUGAUGUGCCGGUGCUUACUAUUACCAGCUGUAAGCCGAUCMCAAGUUCAAUAUCGCGUCAAUAUAUAGUACUUGUAGGUCGAGUACAUCCCGGAGAAUCUAAUUCUUCGUGGAUUAUUAAGGGUUGUAUUGACUUUUUGUUAAGUGAAAGAUUAUCAGCAGAAAAAUUAUUGGAGAAAUAUGUCUUCAAAAUAGUUGCGAUGUCUAAUCCUGAUGGUGUCAUCAAUGGAAAUUCCCGAACGGGCGCACAGGGAGAUGAUCUGAAUAGGCAAUGGAGUCAACCCAAUCCACUAUUGCAUCCAACUAUUUAUCACAUGAAAUCUUUAAUAAAAUAUUUAAAUCAUAUUUCAAACAAUUCAAAUCCAGUAGUUUUAGUCGACUUUCACGGCCACUCUCGACGUAAAAAUAUCUUUGUUUACGGCUGCUGUCCGUCGAUGUCAUGGAAAAGAAGUGACCGAAACAAACAACACGAUAGCAGUCAUAUGGCUCUACCAUUACUAUUGAAUUCAACGGCGCCUGCAUUUAGUCUUAAUAACUGUAUGUUUAAUAUCGAGGAGAACAGAGAGAGGACGGCCAGGAUUACCAUUUGGCGAGAAUUGGGUCUUACGGCGUGUUAUACACUCGAGUGCUCUCAAGCCGGUUGUGAUCAGGGAUUAUAUGAUGGCAUGCAUUUGGGUAUUAAUCAAUUAACAGAAAUGGGAUCCAAGUUUUGUAUGGCUUUAUUAAAACUUCAAUUUCAAUACAACUCUAUUACUGGUCGUCUCCUUCCUGUCGUUCCCAACGAUCUUCUUAUGGAAUCAAACGAGUUUUUAAGUGAUAAAGAUAUUAAUGAAGACGACAACAACAGUGAGGAAAGCUUAUUAUUUUAA